AUGUCAGCCCCCAACGGCGUGCUCCGCGGCAGCAGCAGCAGCAGCCGAGCUGUAACAGCAGCAGCAGCGGCCGCAUCGCCAGCCCUCCAAAAUGCCACCAACGAGGCCGAGCUGCGCGCAACGCUCGCCGCCCUGCACGAGCGCGAGUCGACGAUAAAAGCGAGGCUCGACGCGCUUCUCGAGUCGCAGAAUGACCUCUCGCGGGACCUGGGCAGGCUGGAUCUGCUGCGGGCGGGCCUGGGCGCGCAGGUGAUUGCGGUGCGGACCAUCAGCAACGACAUGCUCUCGACGGCGGCGGACACGGCAGGGCGGCUCAGCAACAGGGUCAAGGAGCUGGACCUGGAGAAGAGCCGGGUCGAGGCCACGCUGGGCGUCGUGGAGCAGGUGGCCGAGCUCAAGGCGUGCGUCAACGGCGUCGUGGGCUCCAUGGGCGCGCCGCAGGACUGGGAGGCGGCGGCGGGCUACCUGGCGCGGGCGAGCAGGAUCCCCGAGGCCAUUGCCCGGGGCGCCUUUGCGGCCGACAUUGUGCCCAGCGUCGAUGCGCCCUGGAUCACGCUGGAGAAUGCAAGGGAGAGCUUGUGCGGGCUGUUCCUGCGCGAGUUCGACAAGGCGGCAGCGGAGGGCGACGGUGCUAAGGUGACCCGGUUCUUCAAGCUGUUUCCUCUCAUUGGACGGGCGGAUGUGGGAUUGGACGUCUAUGGCAAAUACGUGUGCCAGGGGGUGGCGGGCACGGCGAGGGCCACGCUCAAGGACGGCAUGGCGGGCCAGAACCGCAAAGAGGGCAUCAUCUACGCCAACUCGCUGACGAGGCUCUUCCAGCACAUUGCUCAGAUCGUCGAGGGCCAUGGCGGGCUCGUCGAGCGGCACUACGGCGCCGGCAAGAUGGUCCGCGUUAUUGAGCGCAUCCAGAUGGAGGCGGACGUCCAGGGCGGCAUCAUUCUCGACACGUGGAGCGACGAGCGAGGGGUCGACAAGAAGCUGACGGACGUGAAGAGCUAUCCUUUCUCGUUCUUGGUGCAGAGCUUUCUGCCGCAGCCUCCCCGGGGAGGUAUCCCUAGGAUGAACUCACCCGCGGCGGGUAUGGGCAACAACCCCAGAAACAGUGAAGACGAGGGCGUCAACAUGAAGGAGGUUGAUGGGCUGCUGCAUGAGAUUUCUGUCAUGCUUGCGCAGUGGUCAUUCUACACUCGAUUUAUUUCAGUCAAGUCCAUGGACCCAGCAGUUCAGGAUGCGCCCUUGAGGCUGGCGGAUUUAUUGAUCAAGUCAAAGUUAUAUGGCAAGGUGUCGUCCAAACUCAUAUCGCCUUACAACAUCAUGUCGACAUUCUUCUUCCGUCGAUCCGUUGAAAAGGCGUUCCAGUUGGAUGAGUACCCUAGCGGCUUGUCCUUGAGUCUGAACAAACCCAUCGAAGGCAACACGCCCUACAUAAUACUCGCGGUUGACGAUGUCAUGUACAUUGUCAAUGCCGUACUUCAGAGGUGUCUGUCUACCUCGCAGAAGGAUGUUGUGUCUUCAGUCGUUCCAUCUGUUAGUCGGGUUCUUACCGGUGACUUUGUGGGCAUGAUUCAGCGCAAGAUGCGCGACGAGUCCUACCCCAAGGCAGCUAUACAAGGGGGGUUCCCGCCAGAGGACAAGAUUAUACAGUUCAUCGUUCUCAUCAAUAGCCUGGACAUGGCCAAUGAGUAUCUGACCAGGAUCAUCCAUAGCCGCAUUGGCGCUCCGGAUGGACCAACCCAGCAGAAAGAAGAGAUUGAGUCCCAGCUGAAACAAUCGUUUCCGUUUGAGCGCGACGCGGUGGCCGUCAUGGGCGCCCUGCGCUCACUGGAGACGGCUUUCCUUGGCAAGACGACUGAAUUGCUGAAUGAAGCGAUCCAGGUCUUGUUCAACCAGGUCGUCAAACUACGUCUGCGGCCGGUCCUCAGCGACACAUUCCGCGACGCAGACUAUACACUCACAGAGGAGGAGAUUGCAGAGAUAGCACAGGAAACUGAUGCGGGCGAGGGAGAACUCCUCGACCAGGUAGCGCGGCGCUUCGAACACGGCUGGGAUCAGCUCAUGAAGGCGAUUGGCCGGAUCAUGACGCCGGGCACGUUCAGCAGCCUCAUGGACAUGACUGCGCGCUACCUGUCUCGGAUUCUGGAGAAGAGGAUCCUCGGCUACGGUGGACGAACGAGCGCGUAUGGCGCGAUCCGCAUGGAGAGGGACUUUACCGCCAUCGUGGACGUGGUCUCUCGGGGCAACUACAGCGUGAAGGAGUUGUUUAGCAGGGUCACGCAGCUGCUCAUGGUUGCGAAUAUGGAGGAUGACGAGUGGGAGGAGAUUUGCGCCCAGAACGGAGAGGAUGGGAUUGACUGGGUGCUGACAGAGGAUGAAAAGCGAAGAGCGCGGAGUUUGGUAAGAGGGUGA